AUGUCACCUUAUCGCUUAGUCUUCGGGAAGGCGUGUCAUCUUCCUAUGGAGUUAGAACAUAAGGCAUUUUGGGCACUGAAGAAGUUGAAUAUGGAUCUUGUAGUUGCUGGAGAAGCAAGAAAAUUGCAGCUAAAUGAACUGGCCGAGAUGCGGCUAUUUGCCUAUGAAAAUGCCAAGCUGUAUAAGGAAAAGACUAAGCGGUGGCAUGAUCAGAAAAUUCAAGAGCGGGUGUUUGAGAAAGGCCAGAAAGUACUGCUGUUUAACUCAAGGUUGAAGUUGUUCCCUGGGAAGCUCAAGUCCCGCUGGUCUGGUCCCUUUACAGUGGCUGAAGUCUACCCUUUCGGAGCUGUUUUAGUUCGAGAAGAUCAAUCCGGGAGGGAGUUCAAAAUUAAUGGGCAGAGGCUGAAGCACUACUGGAGUGGGGAGGUCGACAGAGACAAGACCUCCGUCAGUCUGAAGGAUGAUUGA